CUGAGACCGGACCAGAUGCCGCAGUUCGUGAUGCUGACGUUCGACGACGCCGUCACGGAGACGAACAUGUUAUUCUACCGCGAGCUGCUCGAGGGUUCCCGCAGGAAGAACAGGCACAACGGCUGCGGCAUCUCGGCCACUUUCUUCGUGUCGCACGAGUACACGGACUACGCGGCCGUCAACGAACUACACUCGUGGGGCAACGAGAUCGCCUUGCACUCGAUCAGCCACCGAACCAACUGGACCUACUGGCAGACCAUCAACAGCACCCAAUGGGAGCGGGAGGUGUUGGACCAAAAGCUCAUGAUGGAUACAUUCGCGAACGUGUCAGCUGCCGAUGUGACCGGAGUCAGGGGACCCUUCCUGCACACGGGGGGAGACCAAGGAUUCCGCAUGCUACAAAAGCAUUUCCGGUACGACUGCACCCUUGUGCACCCCCGCCAAAGGCGCAGAUCUGAAAGCCCUUCCUACCCAUACACAAUGGACUACGGAUUCCGACACCGCUGCAACGUGUUCCCGUGCCCCAACGACACCCACGAAGGACUCUGGAUUGUACCGUUGAAUGUACAUUUCCGGGAGCUUUCGGGAGAGGAGGUACCGUGCGCAAUGGCGGAUGCCUGUACAACGCAGCCAACCACGGCCAACGACACCUUCGAGUACUUCAGGUCCAACUUCGAAGACUUCUACGGGACAAACCGGGCUCCGUUCCCUCUAUUCCUUCACGAGGCUUACCUACGGAACGCAGCACGCAAGCAGGGCUACCUGCAGUUCAUCGAAUGGCUACUACAGAAGGACGACGUCUACCUCGUGACCAUCUCAGAAGUGCUGCGCUUCAUGCAAGACCCGAAGCCGCUGGGAACCUACGCUCAGCACGUGUGCUCGGACGUCGAUCCCGUCAAGCACAACAGCUGUUUCAAGAAAACAAAGUGUGGCUACGAAAAGACGCCGCUAGGAGGCGACCGCUACAUGAGGACUUGUUCCCGAUGCCCCAAGAACUACCCCUGGGUCGGGAACCCCCUGGGCGAUUUGUAAAUGUGCUGUGUCCCCACAAUACUUGGCAGUAUCACAACUAAGCUGUCGCAAAUAUGAUGCACACCAACAUCGACACAAGUGGAUGUUUAUCCAUUGUGGUACUAUUGUUGUGGUACCCUCAUAAGGAGGGAAACGCUAGACAAAGGUGGCACACGGCGCCGACGCGUUGUCUCACGGUCCCAUUCCCAAGUCACCAGUAUCUCAUCGUGUGAAGCCAUUAUGUCCGAACAAGCUUUUACUCUCCGACCGAUACUCACAGGGCAGCAAGUGUGCUAAUGUUGGAACUGUGGACAAUGUAUGAAAGACGAAAAUUCCGUUUCCUGACAAUUUGUGACGUGGGAAAUCGGUGCACUUAACUAUUU